AACAGAAUUGGAACAACCAGGAUUGAUGGAAACAAUGAAUACCAAAUCUACAUUUCGUCUGGACAUAGACAUUUUACAAUUGGAGGACCAACUUAUUGCUUAAUUACUUGAUGUCUUGCUACCCAGAGGUGGAUUUAACCUGGCUCGUGUCAAUGAAGGGAAGACCAGAAUUAAGCCAAUGAGCAUGGUAGAUUUACCAGAGCUGCUGAAAAAAGGACAGAUGUGCCUCGUACCAAAGCGAGAAAUUCUGUUGCCAUUGACCAGUUCAAAGGGGCAUCAUGUUUGUACAUGGAAUUCCCAGCCACGUCCAAGGAGAGUGUUUGUAGGGAAUUCCCAGCCACGUCCAAGGAGAGUGUUUGUAGGGAAUUCCCAGCCACGUCCAAGGAGAGUGUUUGUAGGGAAUUCCCAGCCACGUCCAAGGAGAGUGUUUGUAGGGAAUUCCCAGCCACGUCCAAGGAGAGUGUUUGUAGGGAAUUCCCAGCCAUGUCCAAGGAGAGUGUUUGUAGGGAAUUUCCUAUUAUCUUCAGCAAUAUUGACAAGUGGUAACAACUUCCAGAAGAUUUAUUUAAUGACCAAUUUUCUGAACCUAGGAGUGAUCAGCUACUCCACGCAUAUGAAAUUUCAAGGUGAGUUCACUGCACCAGUUAUUGGAGAACACUAUGACAGCUUGAUGGAGAGAACCCUAGGAAAAAUAUACGGACAAACAAAUAAUCAUUGCUGGUAUGUAAGAUAAUACAACUGAUAAUACAACUGACAUCAUCAGCAUUACAACCCUGACGUCACAUCUUUCAUAUCUUAUCCAAUGUAGAAAAAGACUAUCGAAACUGAGAAUAGUAACUCACAAUGACAACAAAUGAAAAUAAUGGAAGAAAACAGUGUAUGGUCAAAAGAUUUGUGUCUGGUAUAUAUAU